AUGGAUGUUGUGACUGCAUAUUUGUAUGGGUCACUGGAUUCAGAUAUUUAUAUGGAAGUUCCUGAGGGAAUGAAGCUUCUGAAUCCAAAGGCUAAUUGCAACAUGUAUUGCGUAAAGCUUCAGAAGUCAUUGUAUGGCUUGAAGCAGUCAGGAAGAAUGUGCGUGCUCAUCGCUGAGACGGGCUGGUUUCACAGGGAUUUGUCCACAGAUCUGACAGACCCAACGCGUGGCCAGUGGCAGAAGACCAUUCUGCGGGUCCCCUUGAUUCUCAGUUGGGUGGUGCCGCAGGGCACGUCCCAUGAUAUGAAAUACCCCGGUGAGGCAGCCUGGAGAAUCUGCAAGAGCACCAACAGCGAACCCAGAGCCGCCGCAUAUUUUCCAGUAAGAGGCAAUUCGUGCGAGUGCAAGGAGGGGUACCAGGGCAACCCUUAUAUCACCGGCGGAUGCCAAGAUAUCAAAGAGUGUGAUCAGAAAGAAGAACAUGGAUGUUUCGGAGACUGCGAGGAACUACCGGGGACGUUCCAGUGCCGUUGCCCCGAAGGGUACCAGGGCAACCCUUACCUCACUGGCGGAUGCCAAGAUAUCAAGGAGUGUGAUCAGAAAGAAGAACAUGGAUGUUUCGGAGACUGCGAGGAACUACCCGGGACGUUCCGGUGCCGUUGCCCCGAAGGGUUCCAUGGCAACUACUCCAUAUCCGGCGGCUGCUUUAAGUCUGUAAACACAGGUCGCUCGGGUUUAAUCAUUGGUCUUUCCGUUGCUAGUGGCCCAUGCAUUCUACUUUUGAUUCUUGGCGCACUUCUCAUAAUCCGUGAUAUUGAGCAACACAAGGGAAAGAUGAUGAGACAGAAGUUCUUUAAUCAAAAUCGUGGACAAUUGUUGAAGCAGUUAGUGUCUCAUAGGGCAGACAUUGCGGAGAGGAUGAUAAUCCCCUUGGAGGAGCUACAAAAGGCCACCAACAAUUUCGAUCAAGUUCGUAGGCUCGGUGGAGGAGGGCAUGGCACUGUUUACAAGGGGAUUUUGUCAGACUUGCAUGUCGUGGCCAUCAAGAAGUCAAAUAUCGUGGUCAAGAGAGAAAUCGAUGAGUUUAUAAAUGAGGUUGCCAUACUAUCGCAAAUCAACCAUAGGAACAUUGUAAAGCUCCAUGGAUGUUGCCUCGAGACAGAAGUCCCUUUACUAGCCUAUGAGUUUAUCUGCAAUGGAACCCUUAGUGACCAUCUUCACACGGGAGCACUAGGAUCACUAUCUUGGGAUGAUAGGUUAAGGAUCGCAAGUGAAAUAGGCAAAGCUCUUGGUUACCUUCAUUCUUCCGUAACAGUGCCUGUUAUACACAUGGAUAUCAAGCCUUCCAACAUACUUCUUGACGAUGCCUUGAUAGCAAAAAUUUCAGAUUUUGGAGCUUCGAGGUACAUUCCCAUGGAUAAAACAGGGUUAACAACAAUAACCGCAGUGCAAGGAACUAUAGGGUACUUAGACCCUAUGUACUACUACACGGGACGCCUAACGGAAUGUAGUGAUGUCUAUAGCUUUGGAGUCCUUCUCGUUGAGUUGCUUACUAGGAAGAAUCCAUCUUCCUAUAGAUCAUCUGAAGGUGAUGGGCUUGUCAUGCAGUUUGUUGAACUACUUGCCGAAGGCAAUCUGGCCGAGAUACUAGAUCCACAAGUUUUAGAGGAGGCAGCAGAGGAGCGACCAACCAUGAGGCAAGUAGAGAUGGCACUGGAAGCUCUCCAAGCGCCCAAGGAGCGUGCCAUGGGUGAUCUGCCAACAGAAAAAGAUGACAGGAAAUAUGUGGCAGUGGGUUAUGCAUCUACCAUCGGAGGAACAAGCCUGCCGGAAGCGAGCAGGCGUCAUAGCCUAGAAGAAGAGUUUAAUUUGUCUGCAAGAUAUCCUCGGUAG